CGAAGCAAUCGAGCACGGAGCAGUCGAACAGCCUCGAUAGGAAGAUGGCAUCCACCGAGCCCCCUGCUUCACAAACACAGCAGGACUUUCCACCUGGAGAUGAUGCGGCAGCUCGACCCCGAGAAGGACUGAUUACCACGGCAGUACAAUUUCUGCAGAACCCGAAAGUACGUCAGAGUCCCCUGGCCACCCGGAGAGCCUUCUUGAAGAAAAAAGGACUGACGGAUGAAGAGGUGGAGCUGGCCAUUCAGCGCUCCGGCAGCACGGAGGAAGUCCUGCCUGUCGUCCCUGUGGCGCCGCCACAUCAGCUCCACCACGCUGCCCACCUCGCUCCUGUGCCACUCAGCCCGGCAGGCUACAGAUGGAGGGAUUACGGCGCCCUCACCAUCAUCAUGGCGGGCAUAGCGUUCGGCUUUUAUCAGCUGUACAAGAAAUACAUCCUUCCCCUCAUUAUGGGGAGACGAGAGGACAAGCAGCAUCUGCAGAGGAUGGAAAGCAACAUCGCGGCAAUGAGUGGCACGCUGACACAGACAGCCUCACCCCCGUCCAAACCUCCAUCGCCAUCAUCAUCAUCCACCCUCUUCCCCGUAGUCAGCCAGCUGCAGCAGACCCUGGCGUCUGUUCAGGAGCUUCUGAUCCAGCAGCAGCAGAAAAUCCAGGAGCUCACACAGGAGCUGACUGCAGCAGAGGCAUCGUCCUCAACCAACCGCAUCCUGGACAACCAGACAGUGGCUGAGCUGAAGGCUGAGAUCGCCUCUUUGAAGGGCUUACUGCUCAGCAGGAGGCAGUUCCCUUCCACUCCCGCCAUACCCAAGAUCCCGUCGUGGCAGAUCCCCCUGAUGCCGCCGUCAGCGUCCGGCUCGCCCGGCGUGAACCACACCAACAGCAGCAGCGACAUUUCCCCGCUCAGCAACGAGUCCACCAACUCCUCCCCCAGCAAAGAUCCGCUCCACAGCUCCCAGGAUGCACUGGGAGGGCCCGACGGAGCCCACGUUCUCAAUGGGGACAUCAGCACGGCGCUGCCUCCAGACCAGGUCCGCAUGGAGGUGCAGGGCGAGGAGGAGAAGAGGGACGACGAGGACGAUGUCAACCACGAAGAGGAGGAGGAGGAGGAGGAAGAGGAGGAGGGGGGGCUGAGCAUGCAGACGGAAGACCGGCGAGGCGGCGAUGGGCAGAUUAACGAACAGGUGGACAAACUGAGGCGGCCCGAAGGCGCCAGCAACGAGAGCGAGGUGGACUAGACCGCAGCAGGAAGCGCCGAAACGCCUCUCCAACCUUCCCGCCUCGUCUCUGCCCACAUGACGCCUCUCUCUCUCACACACACACACACACACACACACACACACGCCGUUUUCUUCUUCGAUUCAUCCACUUUUUUCCCUCUCGUGUCUGUAACCUGUCACUGUAAACCGUCGUUCUGUGGUGGAGACCGAGGGGCAGGCCGGGGGUGUGAGAGAUGCAAAAGUGACAAAUACUUGGAGUGUGUGGUGACACACAGAUCACCACCAUUUGCUUUUCAUCUGGCAAACUGAAUGCGUGCACAGCGACCCGAGCGAAAACGGCGUUUUCCCCGAGAGGAGAACGGAGGAUCAGGCUGGCCGCGCGCAGCUCCGACCGUGUGACUUACUGCUUUUAAUUUCCACGAUUUAAUCAGAUAAUUCACAGCUUUGCCUUAGUGUCCUUGUAAUUGUACCGAGGCUCUUAUGCAGACCAAAGAGGCGGCGCCGCGCGCACACAAUGUCUCCGCUGUACAAGUGCAGCUCCGGGUCAGGAAUCAUAUGUUGGCGCUUGAGGCUCAAAGUUACGGCGAGCUUCAGGUGGAGCGUAAGCAGAGUUUGUCUCCCUGUUGACGGCAAUAGGAGAGGACAAGCUCUUCCAGGGCCGGAGCUUUUAGCCUCUUUUAUGUGUCCUUUCGCAUUGCUGUCAGUCUGUCAAUAAUUCACAAGGCCAGCAGGGUGGCAUUUGGGUGAAAUAAAAGCCCUGAAAUUCGAGAUUAGAAUGUGAUGACGGGCUUUGUUCCACACCGGUGUCAGAGUGCUCGUACGCUCAAAGGAGGGGAAGAUAAAUGCUUUUUCCCCCGCUUUCCUUUUUCACCCAGGGCUUGAAUUGUGCAUCUCUCGCGAGUGUGUGUGUGUGUGUGUGGCAGCUAGAAAAGAAAAAAAAAAAGGAAAAAAAAAAAAACCCAACCCAGACUGUCUGCUGAGCUGUAUCUGUGUCUCCAGCAGGGCAGCUGAUUUGGUUUGUGAAGUAUGUUAAUAAUCAAAUGAUCAACAAAUAACAGAUGUAUUAGUUCAUGCAGCUUGAAAUGUCAAGGAGGCUAAAAGCGGAAAUCUAAUACAGAAAGCCCAGUUGCAUUGUAUCAUUUUCUGUGACAAACCCUCCGGUCCAAAUUACGUGGGGCUUCCUACAGUGAGUAAUCUUUACAGAAAACGGCGCCAAUAUUUUGUAAUUAAGCUGCAGUAAGGCGACGAGCGCCGCCACACAUGGAAGUUGCAGAACUUGUAUUGCUGUUUUUUUUUUUUCUUUCUCUAUCUCUCUCCGUGUGGAGGUGGAUGGAGGGGAAGUAGAAAAAAAAAAGCCCCGUGAUUGAAAAGGAAAGUAAUAAAUGAAUACUUGACUUAUUGAAUUACUCACUCAGUGUGCAGCUGACAAGAAGAGUCCAUGAGUGAGAAGAAGGAAUAUCAGCUCUCGCCGCGUUUCCUCUUCCGUCAGAGGAAAACAGGACGA